AUGAUAAAUGUUGCGUAUACGAUUGUGACAGCGAAACCCCUUUUUCCUGGUUCGGACGCUCCAGGGAUGAUUCUCCAUUCAAAACAUUUAGAUAAGUUCAGAACAACCUCCCCCAAAGGUUCUGAGUGUGCGGAUGCUUGUGAUGAGGAAAGCCUCUAUAGGGCCCGUUCCUGUUUGAUGGAAAGGAUCCACUCGCUGAAUGAAAUUUCUUUCCAUGCUCGUAAGCAUGCUAGUAUUCUUGUUGGGAAGCAACUAAAGUUCGAAGAAGCCUUCCAGGUGUUGAAAGGGAUGCAUGUCAUCCAUGAGAAACUGGAGGGAGAGGCAAAGAAUCUUUGUGAAGAAGUGCUUGGUUUAUCGGAAAGAAACAAGUGA